AACCCCCUCUCUCUCUCUCUCUCUCUCUACUUUUAACAGAAACCCAUACUUGUCCUUCAUCUCUCUCUACUUUAACAACAAACCCAUCCUCCAUAUUUGAAACCAGGCAAGAUGGUGACGACUGAAAACCUUCUCUUCCCUCUCUUCUUCACAUUCAUCUUCUUCUCUCUUCCAUCUCUCUCUAUUUCAGCUUCCAAUGAUACCGCAAAAUGUGAAGCUGAGGUCAACAACCUGAUGCCAUGCCUGCCCUAUACUCAAAAGAGCGACCCCUCCCCUACUAAAGAGUGUUGCACCAAGCUCACAGAUGUGGAGGAGAGGUCAGUCCUGUGCUUGUGCUACUUGCUCAGGCUCAUUGUCAAUGGCGACCGCACCGUGAAGAGUUUGAAUCUUGAUCUCACUCGAACCCUUCAACUCCCUACUGUUUGCAAGAUUAAUGCCAAUGUCACCCAAUGCCCAAAGAUACUCAACAUAUCACCAUCUUCUCCAGAGUAUGCCAUCUUCAUGAACCAAUCUUCAGGAAAUUCCACUUCGGGAACCAGGAACCCCCAAAACCAGGACUCGAGCGCGUUUAUGGCCCAAGUUAACAGCAUGGGCAGAGUGGUUAUGGCACUAAUUGUGGCUGCCAUGUUCUCUGUUUUCCUUGAUCUAUAGGUAAAGGCCUUUCCAGCAUGUCUUUGCACCAUUUUGUGUUUACAUGGGACAGUGAGAACUUCUGGGAACAAAUUUUCCUUUGUAAUGUUUCUCAUUUCCUUUUUUUUGUUUGCCUGUUAAAUUUCCUCUGUAAUGCUCCAGAAACCUUGUGAUCAAUUUCCCUUCUUUUAAGAGAAUGUAGCGAUAAAUUUGGUUUUAA